AGAGAUCCCGGGCUCGGCCAGCCAGCUGCUUUGUCCCUGAGCACUGCCAUGAAUCACUUCCAGACCAUCUUGGCCCAGGUGCGGGCACUGCUCUCCAGCCGCCAGCCGAGGCAGGUGCAAGCCCUCCUGGACAGACUGCUGGAGGAGGAGCUCCUGUCCAGGGAGUACCACUGCGCCCUGCUCCGGGAGCCUGAUGGCGAGGCUCUGGCCAGGAAGAUCUCCCUGACCCUGCUGGCGAAGGCGGACCUGGACUUGGCUUUCCUGGGCUGGGCGUGGAGCCAGCUGCAGGCCCCGAAGGUGGAGCGGGGCCCUGGCUGCAGGGACCGUGGUGGCAGUGGGCAGCGUGCUGCCAUGGAGCUGGGGCCCCUGGAAGGCAGCUACUUGGAGCUUCUUAACAGCGACGUUGACCCCUUGCACCUCUACCACUUCUAUGACCAGAUGGACUUGGCAGGAGAGGAAGAGAUCGAGCUCUGCUCAGAACCCGACAUGGACACCAUCAACUGUGACCAGUUCAGCAGGCUGCUGUGUGACAUAGAGGGAGAUGAAGAGACCAGAGAGGCGUACGCCAACAUCGCGGAACUGGACCAGUACGUGUUCCAGGAUGCCCAGCUGGAGGACCCGAGCAAGGACAUUUUCAUAGAGCACAUAGGACUGGAAGAAGUGACCAAUGAGAGUGUGGAGGUGCUGGAGGAAAUGGGGCAGAGAAGUCAGAAAAGAUCCUUCCCAGAGGAGCAUCCCACGGACCUGAAGCACAGGAAGUUAGCCGAGCCCCUCGCUGGGCCCAUAGUGACUGGCAGCUUCCUGGUGGGGCCGGCGAGCGGCUCCUCCCCACUGUCCUGCCAGCCACCACACGCUCUGUUCAACCGGAUGCCAGGCCCUGGCCAGACCCGCCUGGAGGAAGCUGUGAAGGUGCCUGCGGACCCCUCUGCGUCCUUGGUGAGCUGCGUGACUCUCCCUGCUGGACCCAUCCAGUUCAUCUCCACACUCCCCACUUUGCCCCAGGGGCUCUGGCAGGUCUCAGGCCUGGGCACAGGCGUCUCCAGUAUAUUAAUCUACCACAGUGAAGCGCCCCAGGCCAGCCACAAUCUCCCUUCCAGCAGCCCUGCUGUCCACAGCCUCCCGAAGUCCCCAGGCCGGCCUGGCUCCACCAGCCCCUUCGCUCCCUCUGCAGCUGACUUGCCCAGCAUGCCCGAGCCGGCCCUGACCUCCCGCACAGACGUGACAGAGGUCGAAACAUCCCCUUCCCCAUGCCAGGCAGCUGCAGAGGACACCAUCCAGCUUCCCAAAUGGCCUGAGACGGUGAGGCAGUUCCACCACUCGCUGCAGGACUGGCAUCAGGCGGAGCCCGCAGGCCCAGAGGACAUAACAGUGGAGGUGGAGCUGCUGAGAGCCCGGCUGGAGAAGGGCAGCCACAAGAGCCAGGAGAGGGAGCUGGCCACCGUGGACUGGGCCGAGCGCCAGCUGGCCAGUGGGGGGCUGGCCGAGGUGCUGCUGGCUCCCAGCGACCACCGGCGACCACGAGAGACCCGAGUGAUUGCCGUGCUGGGCAAGGCUGGGCAAGGGAAGAGCCAUUGGGCUCGGGCAGUGGGUCGGGCCUGGGCCCAUGGGCAGCUUCCGCAGUACGACUUUGUCUUCUACGUGCCCUGCUACUGCUUGGACCGCCCAGGGGACACCUACCGCCUGCAGGAUCUGCUCUGCUCCCCCGGCCUGCAGCCACUGGCCAUGGACGACGAAGUCUUCGGCCACAUCUCCAGGAGGCCCGACCGCAUCCUGCUCAUUCUGGAUGCCUUUGAGGAACUGGAAGCUCAGGACGGCUUCCUGCACCCAUUUCAGGUGGGUGCAGGUGCUGGCGGGCCUGCAUGCGCAGAGCCCUGCUCCCUCCGGGGGCUGCUGGCCGGGCUCCUUCAGCGCAGGCUGAUGCGAGGCUGCACCCUGCUCCUCACAGCCCAGCCUCGUGGGCGCCUGGCCCAGGUCCUGGGCAAGGCCGAUGCCCUGUUCGAGGUGGCCGGCUUCUCCACUGAACAGGCCCAGACAUACGUAAGGCGCUACUUCGAGGGCUCGGAGCACCAAGAGCGAGCUCUAACGCUCCUUCAGGACCAGCCGUUUCUCCUCAGUCACAGCCACAGCCCCACUCUGUGCCGGGCAGUGUGCCAGCUCUUGGAGACCUUGCUGCAGCGAGGGGCACAGGCUGAGCUGCCCUCCACACUCACAGGCCUCUAUGUUGGCCUGCUUGCCCCGGUGGCCCAGGACAGUCCCCCCGGGGCCCUGGCAGGGCUGGCCAAGCUGGCCUGGGAGCUGGGCCGCAAUCACCAAAGCACUCUGCGGGAGGGCCAGUUCCCGUCGGAGCAGGUGAGGACCUGGGCUGUGACCAAAGGCUUAGUGCAACCCGUUGCACAGCAGGUCCCGCGGGCUGCCCAGGCCGAGCUGGCCUUCUCCAGCUUCCUCCUGCAGUGCUUCCUGGGGGCCCUGUGGCUGGCUCUGAGCAGCGAAAUCAAGGACAAGGAGCUGCCGCAGUUUUUAGCACUGACCCCAAGGAAAAAGAGGCCCUAUGACAACUGGAUGGAGGCUGUGCCACGCUUUCUGGCUGGACUGGUUUUCCAGCCGCGAGCCCGCUGCCUGGGAGCACUGGUUGGGUGUGCAGCAGCUGCCUCGGCAGACAGGAAGCAGAAGGUACUCACCAGAUACCUGAAGCGCCUGCAGCCCGGGUUGCUGCAGGCCGGGCGGCUGCUGGAGCUGCUGCACUGUGCCCAUGAGGCCCACGAGGCUGGGAUCUGGACGCAUGUGGUACGGCAGCUGCCUGCGUGCCUCUCCUUCCUGGGCACACGGCUCACGCCACCUGAUGCCCAUGUGCUGGGCAAGGCCUUGCAGGCGGCCGACCAAGACUUCUCCCUGGACCUCCGCAGCACAGGCAUUGACCCCUCGGGCCUCGGGAGCCUCGUGGGACUCAGCUGCGUCACCCAUUUCAGGGCUGCCUUGAGUGACACCGUGGGGCUCUGGGGGUCGCUGCAGCAGCGCGGGGAAACCCAGCUACUCCAGGCAGCAGAGGAGAAGUUCACCAUCGAGCCAUUUAAGGCCAAGUCCCUGAAGGAUGUGGUAGACCUGGGCAACGUCGUGCAGACCCAGAGGCUGAGAAGUUCCUCCGAAGACACAGUCUGGGAGCUCCCCGCUGUCCGCGACCUGAAGAAGCUGGAGUUCGCGCUAGGCCCCACUUUGGGCCCCCAGGCUUUCCCCAAACUGGCAAGGAUCCUGCCAGCCUUUUCUUCCCUUCAGCAUCUGGACCUGGACUCGCUGAGCGAGAACAAGAUUGGGGACAAGGGUGUCUUGGAGCUCGCAGCCACCUUCCCUCAGCUGAAGGCACUGGAGACACUCAACCUGUCCCAGAACAGCAUCACGGACACCGGUGCCUGCAAGCUUGCGGAGGCCUUGCCCUCGCUCUCUGCGUCCCUUCUCAGGCUCAGCUUGUACAACAACUGCAUCUGCGAUGUGGGCGCCGAGAGCCUGGCGCGUGCGCUGCCUGAGAUGGGGUCCCUGCGGGUGAUAGACGUCCAGUACAACAAGUUCACGGCCGUGGGCGCCCAACAGCUGGCCGCCAGCCUGCAGAGGUGCCCGCGCAUGGAGACCCUGGCGAUAUGGACACCCACCAUCCCGUUUGGUGUCCAGGAAUACUUGCAGCAGCUGGACUCCCGGAUUAGCCUGCGAUGACAUUGCUGGGCCCUGGAGGAAGUGACCGGCAACACUGAGGACACUGACCACCUUGGACUUCGGCUGGGUACCUGGGGGCAGAGCUCGUCCCUGGGCUGUAUCCCCUGAGCCUCAGAGCCUGGCGUCUGGCCCCUAUGGGCUCAGGUCUGGCACUGCCGAGCUGUGUAGAUCCACAUCUUGCUCUGUGAGAAGACUCGGCCCAGCUCCAGGCUCCUCCAGGCCCAGGAAGACACCAGACUUGCUCAGCGGUGGAGCACCCAAGGCAGGGCUUGAGGUGUUCCCUGCAAACACUUGGACAGCCACAGCCAGGCCAGCAUGAGGGUCUGAGGCCGCCCUGUGUCCACCUGCUUGGGCCCUGGUCUGCUGGCCCCCAAACUGACAGGGAUUCUACAGCAGCUGCUAUCUGUCUGGGUCACUUACUGUUUGCACUAACUUUUGGCCAAGGUCAAAGCUGGGCCAAGCUCUGGAUCUUAGCCAGGACCAGCAAAUGGUUACACUAAGGGCUGAAGGGUGGGGAGACAGCUUGGGACCCCCCACCUCAUGCCCACCCUGGGCCUUUGCCUCCCCUGUCUUUCACUACAUUUUUAAUGUCAGCCUCAUGGAAAGGGAUGGGGUUUAUGUUUACACCAUGAUUUCUACUUUGGGGAACUACUGUUCUGGUUUAUCCGAUGCACACCAAGCCACCCCAAAGCAUGGCGGCUGGAAACAACACCGGACCCACUGGCUCACACUCCUGUCACUUGCGCAGGGCUCAGCAGGGACAGCUCCCUUUCCCCUCAGGAUUACCUGGGGCAGCUUGAAGGCUCCUCCACCUGCCUGUCUGCACUCGACUCUGGCUUCUGGCUGGGGCCUCGGCCCUGAGGAACAACAUCUGGCUGGAGACCUCUCUGUGGGGACGGAUUUGGGCUUCCUCAUAGCAUGGUGCAGGAUUGAAGGGGGACCGCUCAGCAAGAUGGAAGUCAGGUAGAGACAGAGGAGAAGAGAGGAAGAGGAGAGAGACCACAAAGGACAGUUGGUGACUUCUUUAUAGCCUAGCCUUCCACAUCACACCAAAUUGUUUCUGCCAUGCUCUCUGGGCCAGUGUGACAGGGGCUGCUUCCGUCCUGCUGCCCCCACUGUGCACACACACACACACACACGGCAGUGUCCGCCUGGGCCACAUCCUGUCCUCCCUGAAAGGGCCUUGCUCACGGCUUCCUGAGAUUCUGCGGAGACUCAUUCUUUGGAAGUCAGCAAGGCUGAAGCCACACAGAGGGGAGAGUUUGCCUUGGCCCGGAGCUCACCAUUCUGUCCCGGGAGCCACUUCUUGGCCAAGCUGGAAACCUCCCGGGUCUGCAGGAGCCAGAGAGGCCCUUGGCAGCUCUGCCUUCUGCCCAGAGAGCCGGCAGUGUGGCUGUUUUCUCUUAAGCCUGUCCCACUGGCCAGAAGCCCAAUCGUGGAUUGAUGGGGGCAACUUGCUCGCUGCUGGUGGCGGUGGGAGGCAGCUAGUCGGCCGCGGCUCCCAGCCCGAGUGCCCAGCCUUCCACACUGCUCCUCUCCCUGCAAGUGGGAGUUGAAGUCAGGAGGGUUGAGGUUCCAGCCUGGGGCCUGCGGGGGCGGAGACGCCUCCUUGGCACUGCAAAGGCUGUCACGUGUGUCACUCAGGUUUGGAGGGUGAAGAGCUCGGGCAUCACUGCUCGGGGGGGCCCCGGCAUUUGCAGGUGAUACGGACUCCAUGAAACCCCCUUUUGUGUGGCCAAGGUGUGAGCACUGUUGACUCUGGUGCCGUCACCUACUGCACCUGUCAGCCAGGUGGGCACACCUGAACCCUCUGCUUCUGAGGCAUUAGAAUGAGGCCAGAGGCUCUUGUUGUCCACGAUGACUUCUGAGUGGUGGCUACCACUUUAUGAGUUAAUUCACGUCGCACUUAUCACAGUGCAAGGGACAGGGUCCAUGUUCAGUAAAUGUGAAUUAUGGUCACCACGAGUUCCUCCUACCCCUCAGUGCAGUUCAUCACGUGUGCAAGUGAGGCUGCCUUGUGCCUCAUCACCUUUAUCUGCAAAAUGGGCCCAGGCGCUUCCUCCUAGGGUUACGGGACGAUCCCAGGAGAGAGCCUGGUGCACAGCUCAGUGUGUGCGGUCCCAGUUACACCUGCGCUCGCUCUUCCCGCCUCCUCUGACGGCUGACCUCUUGUGCUUCAGGUCUCUGUCAAGCACAGCUCCCCGGGAAGUCUGCUGACCACAGACAGCCCUCCCUGCCCCCUGCCACUCUCCAACCCCAUUGCAAUUCGUUGUCUGCUCUUUUCCUGGGCUGGGAGCUCCAGGAGGGCGGGGAACUGGCCUCUGCACCCUGCAAGGUGCCUGUGUACAGUAGGUGCUUAAUAAAUGUAGACUGGACGGACGAUCCUCAGCCGACUGGUUUAUUCACUCUGCAACUACAUACCAAAUACACAGCGGUGGGUAAGAUGAUCAUAUUUCUGUCUCUCUGGAGACUCUUGCAUUU